AUACAAAAGUGACAGUUUUUAAUUGCAGAAUAUUUGAUGUGCAAAAAAUGUUAAAUAAUUUAGUUUAAUCAGUUGAUUUUAUUAAAAUGACCGUUAAAUAACGAGUGUAAAUAUACAGUAACUAGACUGUGGCUAGUUCCUAUUGUUUACUAACAAUGUAUACUUUGAAAGGUAUAUUCCCAGAGCCCAAAAAGGAACAGAAAAGAAACUUUAUCAAAGAAAACAUGAAGCAACUUAAAUUUCUUCAGGGUAAAUCGCCCCGAGAGCAAGAGUUGGCUGUAAAAAAGGUCCAGCAGCCGCGGAAAAUGACCGCGUCUGCGGACAAUAAUUUAAACAUUAAGCCAACAUCAUCAAGUAGAAGCAAACCGUCACUUGCUGUACCCAAAGAUUCACCAAUUUCACGAAGAAGGCAUCCCGAUAUUCGCAUUAAAAAAGGCGACAUGGCUGAAUUUUUGAAACGGAAAGAAUUGAGAAAUAAAACUGUAGUAAAAAAUGAUAGCCCCGAUGAAAAUGAAGAUGAUGAUUCUAAUUCAUCUGGUCGUCUGAGGGACAUUGGUUGUCAAACUAUUGAGUCAAAUCUUGCACAUAAAUUAAAUGAAAGUACAAAACUAACAGUGCUGUAUCCAAAACAAGACUUUGAUGACAAUGACAACAAAGCCAAUGCAAGUGGAGAUUCAGCUAGAAACAGGAGAUCAUCCCCAAGUCCGAAGAAUAUAUACCGAUCUGGUGAUGAAGGGUUGGACAUGGAUAAGACUCAUAGUCGCUUAAAUGCUAUCCUUGAGAGAAAAGGAAAAGAUCCAUACUUACCAACUGGUUACCAGAAAGGAGUUUUACCGAAGUAUUUACGUGACCGCAAAGAGCAAGGGCCUAAGGAAAUAGAAGGUGCCAAGGCUGAUGACUCCUCCACUUGCCCGCCCGGCCACGUCCCGUUGCCUGACACGGAAAGGAAGGAGACAUUGAGGAUGCUUAGAAAUAGCUUUGCAGAACUCGUAAGUGAACUAAACAAAAUGCCAGUGAAGACGGACACACUACGGAUGAGAAACAGAAAAAUGGAGUUGGAAAAGCAACUCGCAAAGCUCGAAGAGGGCAUAAAGGUGUUCUCCAGACCAAAGGUCUACGUUAAAAUUGGAGAAUAACCUCAAUUUUAAUCAAAAUAAUCUUGGUUUAAUUGACUGCAAUCUUUCGAUCAUUUUUUUCUUUCAAAAUCCAACUUAAAACAUUUCCUAUUACGGUGUGCUUGACUUUAGGUAGAUUUGCCAAAUAUAGCACAUGUUCUAAGAUCUCAAAUUCAAUCC